AUGCAAGCUAAGUACUUCCCUCUUACAACUAUUCUUCAUGCAAACUACAAAACAGACUGUUCUUGGGCAUGGAAGGGGUUACAAAAGAAACUUCCUUUCAUCAAAGCCAAUAGUCGAUGGAGGGUUGGAUCAGGUACAAAAAUUAAAAUAUGGUUAGAUGUCUGGAUCUUAGGGAUGACAGAACCACCAACACCAAGACAGGAUGCAGUGCACAGUGAAAACUACAUAUGGGUGCUUGAAUUGAUAAUUCAAGAAGAUAAUCAAUGGAACUCCAUCUUAGUUCAGCAACUUUUUGAUCCGGAAACUGCAUCUCUAAUCCUGCAGAUGCGACUACCUACAACAACUGAGGAUAAAUUAAUUUGUAACCCCACAAGGAAUGGGAUUUUCAGCUUAAAAUCAAGGUAUAUCAACAGCAGCUGUCCUUUCUGCAAUCAGCAUAUGGAAGAAACUAUGCAUGUUUUGUUUACCUGCCCUUUUUCUAGGGCGGUUUGGAUGAUCAUACCAGGAGGAUCAGGUAUUUUAGCUGGAGUUCACAGCAACAUUGCGACUGUUUUUGAAUCAUGGAUGAAUGCAGUUCGACAAAAAAGUAGAAGUGAAAGCUGGUUAAAAUUGGCAAUGACUGUAUCAUGGUCAAUUUGGAAUGAAAAAUGUGAAGUCCAGUUUCAAAAAAAGAAAGCAAAUCCUGUUGAAGUUGCCAGAAAAGCCAUGAGCUUUGCUUCUUAUUUGGAUGGUCUUUACAAGAAGCAACGGGACAGAGUUGUAGCUAGACUGCCUAAAACAAAUACCUUGCAUUGGAAACCUCAUGUGUCACCUUUUUAUGUAAUAAACUGUGAUGCUUCUUACGACAAAAACACUAAACUAACAGGAAUUGCUUUGGUGUUGCGUGAUUUUGCAGGGAACUGGUGGGGAUGCUCAAUAAAGUGCUAUGCAGGAGUAAAAGUCUCCGAGCACGCGGAAUGUCUGGCGUUUUCAGAGGCUGUCAAAUGGAGCAAAGCUUUGCAACACACUCAUGUAGUUUUGGAAACAGACUUACAAUGA